AUGUCGAAAUCCGACGCCAAACUACGCCUGCAACGCGAAGAGCCAUACACUAAGCGACGACGGAUAGGACCCACCAAAUGCAACGUUUGCAGCUCUGAUAGCACUAUCACACAUUCACAUGAUAGUCGCUUUUGGUUCGGAGACGGGGAUAUCGUCUUUCGCGUCCAAGACUCUUUAUUCAAAGUCCAUCGAUCAAAAUUGCGCUGUUCGACUGUACUGUGGGACAUGUUUGAGCUCCCCCAACCUGCUCAAGUCGACAAUGUAGAUGGGUGUCCUUUGGUCGUCAUGGCAGGAGACACAGCGAAGGACUGGUCAACGGUAUUCCGAUGGAUGUAUGAUCCUGCAGGCUUUGCGACACAGGCGGGAGUUUUCGACGUUCUGGCAGGCGCCUUACGAGUAGCCACCAAAUACGAUAUGCCUGCACUCAGAGAAGCUGCUAUACAAGGCUUGCAAUUUCGGUGGCCCUUAAGCCCCGCUUCCAUGACGCUAAAUGCUUUUUCCAAUGCAGCAGAAGCCAUAUCUCUCGCAAGAGAAUGCGACGUACCUUCGAUUCGACCAGCGGCCUUCUACGCUCUAUCGAUACAGCGCUGGAGCUACGAUGCCGAGGGGGGAUCCUCCCUAUUGCAUCUGUCGCCCGAGGAUGCUAGACGUUUGAUAUGCGGACAACAGCUUCUAAAUAACUUCCACCUCCAAAUCGUCAUAAACCCGUUAGUCAGCGAAACCGAAAGCACUAGAACUUGCGACCACUGUGCAUCAUAUAUGGCUGAUUACUGGCGGCGGAAGUUCACUCCGGACGACAGCUCUCCCCAUUCAUGUUGGAUGGUCAAAGUCCUUGUGGACAUGAUCCUCAACAAUUUCGACCUGAGCGACAUCGGCAUCCAAAUCUGCACUCCCUGCCAAUCUUACCAUCGCUCAUUAGUAUACGAGCGAUUGACAGUAUUGGUGAAGGAAAUACCCAUGAUCUUCCGUUGA